AUGACCAGUCAUUCGCAAUCACAUCCCAGUAUCCCUCCUUUCUCUGCAUCAUUUACGGACAGCAACCUAAAAGUUGCACGGAGUAUCUACUUCAAGACACUUAUCGGCGGGACAGUAGCUCUUACGGUCGCAAUGUUCGCAAUAUUCUCAAUAUACUGGGGUGCGCUAUGGAAAUCGCCGGAGCAUCCCUUGCAGGGUUGGAUCGUGGAUUUCGACCAAUCUACCAUUGGAAACGCGGUUGUUCAAGCUUUGGAAGCAUCUUCUGCGUCAGGAAAGAUUACUUGGAGCCAAGUUCCGUCGUCAAACUUCGCAGGUCCCAGCGAGGUCGGAAAUGACGUAGUGGAACAAAAAACAUGGAUUGCUGUUGUUGUCAACGCAAAUGCUACCUCAAAUCUUCAAUCUGCCGUGGCUUCUUUCGAUUCCUCUUACAAUGGAUCGUCUGCUAUCACUGUGUACGGGAACCAAGCCCGUAGCGAAAAUGGAUACAAUGCCGUCUUAUUACCCACCGUACAAGCGGUCCUCUUAUCUGCAUCCCAGAAAUUCGCUCAAAGCUAUGCCACCAACCUAGCUUCUUCAAGUUCAUCCUCCAAUUUGACGAAUUUGCUUGCGCGUGCGCCGCAGAUUAUCACGCAGCCCAUCAGCUUCGUUGUUAACGAUCUCAAACCUUUCGAUAUCCCUGUCGCUACUGCUAUGACCUAUGUCGGGUUGAUUUAUACUCUCAUCUUAUCUUUCUUCAUUGUCAAUAUCAGUCUUUCCGCACGGUUGAUGUCUGGAUUGGAAACGCAUCUGACGACAGCUUCUAUCAUCCGCCUUCGCUUAUUGUCCUCUUUUGUUACAUAUUUAUUUCUCUCACUAUUUUACUCACUGCUCAGUCGAGCGUUCCAGGUCGAUUUUUCACGCAAGUUCGGCGCAGCAGGGUUCGUUCUAUUUUGGAUGCUGAACUGGGCGGGCAUGCUUUCCGUUGGAUUAGCCCUGGAAGCAAUGCUCACCUUAAUGACAAUGAAAGGUGUACCAUUUUUUAUGAUCCUACUCAUCAUCAGCAAUGUGUCUGUGUGCUUCUUACCUAUCGAUGUAUUACCUGGUAUAUAUCGAUACGGCUACGCCUUCCCGUUUUAUAACAUCUCCUGCGCUGUGCGAACCAUUCUCUUCGGCACCAAAAACAAUCUUGGACUCAAUUUUGGGGUCUUGAUUGCCUGGACCGCGAUAUCUUGUAUCACUCUGCCUUUCUUCCAGUGGUUCAUGCGAAGGAAACACAUCUCUGAGCUGAAUGGGACUAUGGAGCCUGACGAGAAAGUUGCAGAUUAA